AGUGGAUAAAAGUGGGAAGUAUAAGAAAACAAACAGCGAAAGGAAAUCCUGAGGAAAAGAAGUGCCCAGUGAUACACACUGGACUAAGAUGGAAGUCUACACUGUAACAGUAGCGACUGGUGCAUCUGAGUAUUCAGGUACCAACAACUACAUCUUUCUUACCCUGGUGGGGGAGAAAGGGGAGAGUGAACGCACCCUGCUUGAUAACCCCGGACUGGACUUCUGUCGAGGAGCAGUGGACCAGUACAAGGUGACUAGUCCUUCUCCUUUAGGCUCCCUGCUACUGGUCAGACUGGAGAAACAGAGGUACUGGGUGGAAGACAACUGGUUCUGUUGCUAUGUCACAGUGGAGCAUUUAGAUGGGGACGCAUUGGUUUUCCCCUGUUACCGCUGGCUCACAGGAAACGUCAAGGUGGAGAUAAGACAGGGAACAGCUAAGACACUGAGGGAUGACUCCAUAGCUCAGCUGCUGGCACAUAGGAAGACAGAGCUGCAGGAAAGACAGAAGAUUUACAGAUGGCAAACAUGGGCUCCAGGGAUUCCCAGAUGUAUUGACGCUAAAACAGAGGCAGAUUUACCGCAAGACACCCGUUUUGAAAAUGAAAAGAGAAGCGACUUUGAACAUUCCUUGCAAUAUGCUUUGCUGGAGUUGUCUCUGAAAAAGUUGGCCAUCAUGUUUGGGAAGUCCUGGAAUGACCUGGAUGAUUUCAAACGGAUCUUCUGGAAACUGAAAAGCCCAAUAGCUGAGUACUGUAUGGAGCACUGGAAGGAGGACUGGUUCUUUGGAUACCAGUGUUUGAAUGGCUCCAACCCAAGGAUGAUCCAGAGGUGCAAGAAACUGCCAGAGAACUUCCCUGUUAAAUCAGACAUGGUGCAGAGCUCCAUGGCUCCCAGAACCAACAUGGACAAAGAACUCAAGGAAGGAAAUAUCUACUUGUUAGACUACGCCAUCCUGGAUGGUAUUCCCGCCAACACAAUCAAGGGUAAACCUCAGUACAUUGCUGCUCCACUCUGUCUCCUGUACCAACACCCAGAUAAAGGACUCAUACCUAUCGCUAUACAGGUAUACAAUUCACUCUUAUUAUGCUCAUAGACCACGAGUGAAAUACUAAAUGAACUCAAUGUGUUACUGAUGUGCCUGUACACAAUUAUACAUGCAGUUUAUAUUCAAUGAAAGUUGAUUUGCUUUAAUGUUGUUGGAAAAUUGCCUUUGGCUCACCAGUACUACAAGCUCCUGGCCCCUCAUCUGCGCUACACUCUUGAGAUUAACACUAGAGGGCGCAGUCAGCUUAUCUCUGCUGAUGGCAUCUUUAAACGGGUUGUGUCCACAGGUGGCGAUGGCCUGUUAGUUCUGGCUCAGAGGGAGUUUAAGAUGCUGACCUACCGCUCCCUCCAGCCCUACAAUGACUUCAUUGACAGAGGAGUGUCCCAGCUCCGAAACUAUCACUACAGAGAGCACAGUCUGAUGUUGUGGGAGGCCAUACACAGUUUUGUAUCUGGUAUGCUGAGUCUGUACUACCAGUCAGACCAUGAUGUGCAGGAGGAUGUGGAGCUCCAAGCAUGGAUCAGCGACAUAACACAGAAGGGGAUGGCAGAGCUCCCCAGCUUUGGUCUGCCCAAUAAGCUCAGCACCAGAGAGGAACUGUGCACCCUGCUGGCAGUGGCCAUCUUCACCAGUACAGUCCAGCAUGCUGCUACUAACAACGGGCAGUUUGACUGGUGUGCCUGGGUCCCCAAUACACCCUGCACCAUGAGACAUCCCCCACCAACAGACAAGGAUGCUGUUACCAUGGAGAGGAUCAUGGCCUCCCUUCCUGAUGUUAGCCAGUCCUGUUUGCAGAUGGCUAUCACAUGGCAUCUGGGGCGAGCACAACCAGAUGCUAUUCCUUUGGGCCACUACACACAGGAGCACUUCACUGAAGCACAAGCUGUGGAGCUGAUCAAUGGGUUCAGAAGAGAGUUGGAGAAGAUCGAAGCUGAUAUCCUGAGUCAGAAUGAAGGACUGGAGCUGCAGUACCUUUUCCUCCUGCCUAGCCGCAUUGAAAACAGCGUCACGAUAUAG